GCCUGCGUUGUUUUAAUUUAUAAAAGUAAAUUUCAAUAAACAGAUUAUAACUACAAAUGGCAUUAAAAGCGACUACGUGUAAAGAAGCGAUAGCUCGAUGGGAGAAGGAGAAAGGAGAGAACUCGGCAGAUGCCAAAAUUAUUGAGCUGCAGUUCCAGUGGCCGCCCAUAGAGAAGAUGGAUGGAGCUCUCUCUACACUGGUGGCCUGCGAGAAAUUAAGUCUGUCAUCAAAUAUGAUCGACAAAAUAGCUGGUAUUGCUGGAAUGAGAAACCUCAAAAUUCUUUCCGUCGGAAGAAAUUAUAUCAAGUCUUUGGCUGGAGUGGAAACUGUAGCGGAAACUCUUGAAGAAUUGUGGAUAAGCUACAAUCCCAUUGACAAAUUAAAAGGAGUUGGAUCUCUAAAAAAUUUAAAAGUUCUCUACAUGACCAACAAUAUGAUCAAAGAGUGGGUCGAGUUCAAUCGAUUGCAGGAGUGUCCGAAUCUGAGAGAUUUGGUCUUCAUCGGGAAUCCGAUUUGCGACAGUCAGCCAGACGUGGAGACAUGGCGCAAUCAGGCUACAUCUCGUCUCCCACAAAUAACUAAGUUAGAUGGGAUACCUAUCAUUAGGGAUUAACAUUAAUUAUGAUUAGAAAACCAUUAAUGAUUAUGAAAUAGAUAUCUUUAUUUUUAUUGAAUAAAAAUUUAUUGAAUAUUUAGAUAUUUUUUUCUAGGACAAGGACUCACCCUUCACUUGUAUUAGUCGAAGCGUAUUGUUAGUUGAGAUUUGCUUUUCCUGAUAAAUGGAGUACACAUUUUUUUCUUCCAUUGUUUCUAUUCAGAACCAACGAUAACUUCAGGUCCAUAGAGAUAGUAGAUGUUUUAAGUCUAGAAGACUUAUUGUCAUACACUUUAACUACAAGACAUUAUUAUAUUGCCCUUCCGUUGCUGUCCCAGAA